CUGAGGAGGCUGAAGGAGGCGCGCGCUCGUGUCACAUUCUUCAGAUGAUCCGCUAAUCGGCAGAAACACACACACACAAUCAGCGACAGACAGCAGUGGACACAAGAAUGCUGACUGAAGAUGGACGUUCCUGAAUAUCUGGAUCUGGAUGAGAUUGACUUCACUGAUGAUUUACCUUACUCGUCUAAGAGCAUCCCUGAGCUGUGCCGAAGACACGAUGGACAGAAUGAUGAGAGACAAGCUCCAGCCAUUAACUGGCCUCGUAGUGCGGCGUCUCACAGCGGCGCAGGACUCAAACCCACCGGUAUCGCAGACGUCUACAGUAAAUUCCGUCCUGUUAAACGUGUUUCUCCACUCAAACACCAGCCCGAGGAGACGCAGACGCAGGCGGAGACUGAAGGGAAGAGCUCAGAGAUGGACACACAGAGCGGGAAAGAGGAGCACAGCAAGAGCAGAGGCCUCAUCAACCAGGCUCUGUUCGGGGAACUGGAGCACUACGACCUGGACAUGGAUGAGAUUCUGGACGUGCCCUACAUCAAGUGCACUCAGCAGGCGGCGACACUGCCUCGAGCGCCCUCCGCAGGGAACACGCACACACUGGUGCACUCCGAGAGCCUGAGCGGCGGGACGCAGUUCUGUGUGCUGUCGCCCGUCAUGAGGAAGUCUAAAUCUGCAGAUCUCCGAGCGCAGAGUCUUGUGCUCGAGAACACACACGAGCAGAUCCCGGACAGCAAAACCGGAGCCGACGGCGGCGGACACACAUCCAGAAAACAAGCCAGAGGAGCGUCCCGUGAAGCGGACGAGGAGGCCAAGAAGAGCCAAAACAUCCUGAAUAUCGUGAGAGACGGACAGAUCUCUCUGCUGCCUCACUUUGCGGCGGAGAAUCUGGAGCUGAUCAGAGACGAGGACGGGAACAAUCUUCUGCAUGUGUCUGCGGCUCAGGGACACACAGACUGUCUGCAGCACCUGACGUCUCUCAUGGGCGAAGACUGUCUGAACGAACGCAAUAAACAGCAGCUCACACCGGCAGGACUCGGCGUACGGAAUGGUCAUCUGGAGUGUGUGCGCUGGAUGGUGAGCGAGACGGAGGCCAUCGCAGAGCUCAGCUGUACUCGAGAACACCCGAGCCUCAUUCAUUAUGCUGCUCGAUACGGUCAGGAGCGUGUGCUGCUGUGGCUGCUGCAGUUUAUGCAGGAGCAGGCCAUCUCUCUGGACGAGCAGGAUCAGAACGGGAACUCCGCGGUUCACGUUGCCGCUCAGUUCGGCCAUCUGGGCUGCCUUCAGACUCUGGUGGAGUACGGCUCUAAUGUGACAGUGCAGAAUCAGCAGUGUGAGCGCGCGUCACAGUGUGCGGAGCGUCAGGGUCACAGCACCUGCUCCAGGUACCUGGUGGUGGUGGAGACCUGCAUGUCUCUGGCCUCGCAGGUGGUCAAACUCACCAAACAGCUGCACGAGCAGACCACAGCGCGGGUGGCUCUACAGAACCAGCUUCAGCUUCUGCUGCAGACACAGGAGCCCAACGGCAGACCGCCAUCACCCAGCUGUCGUGUGCCUCCGUCAGACUCGUGGCCUGAAAUGACCCUAACAGCAGAAGUGGCACCUGAAAACGGCCAGUGGGUCCUGAAGCAGAAACACACGGAGACAGACGGAGUCAUGCGCAAACUGCUGGGGAAAGAUGCAGCAGAGCGAAGCCAUCCCAGAGACACCCAUGAUGGAGGCGUGGAGUCAGGGGCGGGGCCAGGGGCUGGACCAAUGAAACGACUGGGAAUGGGAGAGAGGCGGGAACUCAAGCUGGCGCGUCUGAAACAGAUCAUGCAGCGUUCGCUUAGUGAGUCUGACGGAGACGUCUAUCCUCCAGACGAGACCAAACACGCAACCAGACCCACACAACUGCCCAUCCCUGAGGCCGAGGAGCCCAAAAACACACACUCCUCCAGCGAACGCAAGCUCUCCUUCACACACAGGACUUCCAAAUCUGUGGACGCCUGUAACCCGUCUCCGUCAUCAGACCAGAGCGAUCCCGAAACCAGAACAGAAGCGGGAGAUAAAGUCACCACCAGUCCGAAAAGUGCGCUCAAGUCUCCGUCCUCUCGCAGGAAAACCUCGCAGAAUCUGAAGCUGAGAGUCACGUUUGAUGAGCCGCCGCGGAAAGACGGAGCCGCCAGCGACACUAAAGCCCCGUCCACUAAAGAGAAGAGACCCUUCGGUGCGUUUCGCUCUAUAAUGGAGACGCUGAGCGGAAACCAGAACAACAACAACAACAGCAGCAGCAGCAGCAAUGCUCAGAGUCCUGGAAAACACACCGGGAAGAAGAGUAAAAGCAAGACGAGCGCUGUGUAGAGCAGCCGAGGACGAUCAGUCACUAACAGAGCCCUGCUUCAAGGGUUAGUUCACACUAAAAUGACUAUCCUGUUCAUUUGAUCACCCACAGCUCAUCAGAGAUGUACACUGUAAAACAUAUCUGUUAAUCAUACAGUUGGCAGUGGUGAAUUGCAUUAUGGGAUGUUGCUCUCUGCUCUGUCCACUUCUGAUGUUGAUAAUUCAGCUCAGCAGGUUAACAAAGCUUCAUGUAAUGGCAGUGAAUGGUGACAGCUUUAUUAGAUUAAAAAUAAACACAAACAAAUCAAUAGCAGUGGCUCCUGAUGACACACUGAGCUCAUGUGAAGCGAAACAUGAACGAAAUUCAACAUUAUUUACAAUAUUAUUAGCUUUAAUCCAUUAAAGCAUUCAGAAAGCAGUCGCACGUGCUGAUAUCGCUCUGGAUUAAAGCUAAUAAUGCUGUUAAUAAUGUUAGUUUCUUACAGGGAGUGAUGGUUUCCCUUCAUAAGAUCUCAUUAUUUUAAUCUAAUGAAGCUGUCAGCGCUCACUGCCAUAUGAAGCACCAAGAACCACAGAUUCAGCUCAAAUUCUCCAUUAAUGUUUGAAGAAAGUUGGAGGAGCUGUGGGCGAGUAUAUGAACAGGAAGGUUUCAUAUGUGUGUGAUCUACGCCUUUAAGGGUUAGUUCACACAGAAAUUAAAAAUGUUGUUAAUUACCCUCUCUCAGGAGGUUUAGAUAAAUCCGCCAGUGUGGUGAGUAAAGUAAUCUUGUUUUCUGUGUGAAGUAAUUAGUUUAAUUCACUCCACUGACAGAUUAUUCAUCUUAUUUUAAGAAAAAAGACUACAAAUGUGUACUUAUUAUUCCUGAAACGGAAAAGAAAGCUUCUUGAUGUAAGCAUUUUUAGAUAUGUGGACUUAAAAACUCUCAGGAAAAGCAUGUUUGGCAGUGUAGUGAACACACAGUUUGAUCUGACACUGAAAACAUUGGUGGACAGAGUAGUUUUACAGGUAUAUUUGCUGUUGUUGGAGCUCUGUGUGACAGGAUGUUUCUAGAGUUUGCUGUCUGUGGAGGAUGAAGAGCUCCAGGAUUUCAUCUAAAAUACCUUCGUUUGUGUGGUAAGAUGAACGAAGCCCUCGGAGGAUUAUAAACCACAUGAGCUGUCUUUAUUUUUGUGUGAACUAACCCUUCACUCGAUCUUUACAUGAGAACACUUCCUUACGUACGAGGUUUGAUUUUUGUACAGACUCGAUAGUAAUGAAGCUGAAUGAACACACAGACGAAUGAACGAAUCGCUCUUUACUUGUGAUUCGGUUUGUUUCAUAACACUAAUAUGUUUCUAUAUAAUCUGUAUUGAUUUGCGGUAAUGUAUGGGUUUAUAAUAAUUUAUCUAUAUUUACGGUUGAAUGCCAGAAACGCUCUAGUAUUUGACAGCAUUGUAUCACGACGUUUAAAAUAAAGAGGUUUUCAGCCGUUUCACUAUA